AUGCCGCGCAGUGGGGGGGAAGGGCGCUGGCCGUUCAAUAGGUCUGCUGCUGCAGCAGCUGCUUCAGGCAGCAGCAGCAGCAGCAGCAGCAGCAACAACAACAACAACAACAACAACAACAGCAGCAACAACAACAGCAGCAGCAGCAGCGGCAGCAGCGGGGGGUUUUUCACGCGGCGAAGGUCAACAGCUGGGGGUCAGCAGCAGCAGCAGCAGCAGCAGCAGCAGCGGCAGCAGCAGCAGCAGCAGCAAUAUCAGCACCGGCCCUUUCAUCAACCACACCUGCAGCAGCGGGGACCUCAGCAGCAGCAGCAGCAGCACCAGCAGCAGCAGCAGCAGCAGCAGCAGCAGCAGCAGCAGCAGCAGCGGCAUGUCUUUGGCUCUGCUGUAAGCUGGGCUGCUGCUGUCACCCCCAAGCCGUUUGCUGCACGCAGGGGAUCCACGCAGCAGCAGCAGCAGCAGCAGCAGCAGCAGCAGCAGCAGCAGUAUCACCAGCAGCAGCAACAAUAUCAUCAUCAUCACCAGCAGCAGCAGCAUCAUCACCAGCAGCAGCAGCAGCAUCACCAGCAGCAGCAGCAGCAUCACCAGCAGCAGCAGCAUCAUCAGCAGCAGCAGCAUCACCAGCAGCAGCAGCAGCAGCAGCAUCACCAGCAGCAGCAGCAGCAUCACCAGCAGCAGCAGCAGUAUCAGCAGCAGCAGUAUCAGCAGCAGCCUGUACGUACACCUGUUGCUGCUGAUCGCCGCUACAGGGGAAAAGCAAAUAGACGCAGCACAGCCUCAGCAGCAGGAACACCAACAGCAGCAGCAGCAGCAGCAGCAGUAGCAGCAGCAGCAGCAGCAGCAGGAGUAGGUUCAAGUCAGCGCGCAGCAGCAGCAGCUUUGGUGCAGUCCGAGCAGCAGCAGCAGCAACUGCAGCAGCAGUUGAGGCAGCAGGAGUUGCAGCAGCAGCAGCAGCAGCAGUUGCAGCAGCAGCUGCAGCAGCGGGAAUUGCAACAGCAGCAGCAGCAGGAGCAGCAACACCAGUUGCAGGAGCAGUUGCGGCAGCAGGAGUUGCAGCAGCAGGAGCAGCAGCAGUUACAGCAGCAGCAGGAGCAGCAGCAGUUGCACCAGCAGCAGCAGCAGCAGGAGUUGCAGCAGCAGCAGCAGCAGUUGCAGCAGCAGUUGCAGCAGCAGGAGUUGCAACAGCAGGAGGAGUUGCAGCAGCAGCAGGAGUUGCAGCAGCAGCAGCAGCAGUUGCAGCAGCAGUUGCAGCACCAACUGCAGCAGCAGCAGCAGCAGCAGCAGGAAUUGCAGCAGCAGUUGCGGCAGCAGGAGGAGUUGCAGCAGCAGGAGUUGCAGCAGCGGGAGUUGCAGCAGCAGCAGGAGCAGCAGCAGCAGUUGCAGCAGCAGCAGCAGUUGCAGCAGCAGCAGCAGUUGCAGCAGCAGCAGCAGUUGCAGCAGCAGCAGCAGCAGCAGUUGCAGCAGCAGCAGCAGCAGCAGUUGCAGCAGCAGCAGCAGCAGUUGCAGCAGCAGCAGCAGCUGCAGCAGCAGCAGCAGUUGCAGCAGGAGCAGCAGCAGCAGGAGCAGCAGUUGCAGCAGCAGCAGCACCACGUGGAAGAGGACGAAGAGGAACAGCAGCAGGAGGAGGAGGAGCAGCAGCAGCAGCAGCAGCUGCUGCAGCAGCGACAGCAGUAUGAACAGCAGCAGCAGGAGGAGCAGCAGCAGGAAGAGAUGCAUGCACUGCACGAGUUGCAGGUGGAUGCGCAGCAGCAACUGCUGCAGCAGCAGCAGCUGCAGCAGCAGCUGCAGCAGCACCUGGUGCAUCAGCAGCAGCAGCGGCAGCAGCAGCAGCUAGCUCAGCAGCAGCAACAGCAGCAGCAGCAGCAGCAGCAGUACUAUUCUUCACUAGCUGGGCAGCAUCCACAUGCUGGCCUUGUUCAGGGUUUCGUUGAUGCAGCAGCAGCAGCAGCAGCUGCUGCUGCUGCUCCCUCUUCUGCUGCAGCAGAAGCAGAAGCUGCUGCCUCAGCAGCAGCAGCAGCAGCAGCAGGAUGUGUCGAUCCUGACCCGUAUCCUUCCUCACUAUCCUCAUCAGCAGCAGCAGCAGCACCACCACCACCAGCACCACCAACACCAGCAGCAGCAGCAGCAGCAGCAGCAGCAGCAGGAGCAGCAGGAAGCAGCAGCAGCUUUUUUCCUCGUUUGCCUCGUUUUGGUUUGUCUUCGUUUCCUCAUUUUGCUUCUUUCAGGGAUCCGAUCCCAAUGCCAGCAGAGCUAAGAAGAGAAGCAAACAUACACAGGUUGCUGCUGCAGCUGACGCAGCAGGAUGCUGUAUAUUACUAUCAGCAGCAGCAGCAGCAGCAGCAGCAGCAGCAACUGCUGCUGCAGCAGGAACAGCAGCUGCUGCUGCAGCGAGAAAGGGAAAGGGAGCAGCAACAAGGCAGGAAAUACUUCUCCCAUCACCAGCAGCAGCAGUAUCAAUACCAUCACCAGCAGCAGCAGCAGCAGCAGCAGCAGCAGCAGCAGCAACAGCAGCAGCAGCAGCAGCAGCAGCAUGAAAUAUAUAUACCAGAGGUAGUACAGGGUCGUUAUCAUUCUUUGUUGCUGCUGGAUACAGACGAGAGUAUAAACCGUCAGCGCAGCAUUCUGCAGCAGCAACUGCAGCAGCAGCAGCAGCAGCAGCAGCAGCAGCAGCAGCUGCAGCAGCAGCAGCAGCAGGUGCUGCUGCCGUGUGCUGCUCUCACCUGCGGAUACCCCACACUCUGCUUCAAGUCUCUCUGUCUCGACGACCCCCACCACUACUUUAUCUGUCUCCUCGCCUUCUUUCCUGUCUCCUCUUUUGACCUUGUUAGAUUUUAG